AUGUCUUACCAAUUCAAAGACAAAUUGGCGAUUGUCACUGGCGCUUCAAAACUCAAUGGCAUCGGCUUUGCAACUGCUUAUGCACUAGCAGAAGGGGGAGCUGAUCUUGUCAUCACCUACAACACCAACAAAACUGCUGCACAGGAGGUUAUUGAAAAGAUCCAACGCCUUGGUGCCAAGGUGAUCGCAGUGCACGCUAAUGCUGGCUCUAUCACCUUUGGGGAAGACUUGGUAGAUGCUACAGUCAAGGCAUUCCCGGGCCGCAAGAUCGACAUCAUCGUUAACAAUGCUGGCCACCUCACUAUGCAGGAGGGUGCUGAAGCCGCUGUUGUGGAUGAGUUCGACUCCAUAUUUCAUCCUAAUGUGAGGGGCCCUCACCUGUUGAUCAAGGCCGCCCUCCCGUACCUCUCGGCCCCUGGAGCCCGAAUUGUCAACGUUGGUAGUGUUGUGGCCCGAACUGGCACCAAACAUGCUACGUUCUACUCGAGUAGCAAAGGAGCUCUGAACCUCUUGAAUCUAGCUUGGGCCGAAGAGCUCGGUCCCCGUGGCAUCACUGUUAACGUCGUUGCCCCUGGCCCUAUUGACACUGAUUAUGGGCCACCGGACGAUAUGCCUCUUACGAUAAAAUUCCGGGCACAGCAAUACUUGAAGCGGAAUGGAUCGGCCAAUGAGGCAGCAAAUGCAAUCUUGUUUGCCGUGAGUCCUGGUGCUAGCUUCAUAACGGGCCAAGUUUUGGCUGUUGAUGGGGGUCUCGCUUAUACCUAG